AUGGAUAGAAAGAAGGCAAAAACAUCUGAAAGCACACAUAAAAAGUACAACGAGAGUGAAGUAAUAAAGAAGUUCCUUGUUUCAAGUAAGGGCGUUUCGUUUCUUGUUGACCAUAUUAACAGAAGGCGACUGUAUGAAAGUACUCAUGUAGACACAGAUAUCAUCAUGAAAGAUGUGGACAACCUAAUAGACUAUUAUGCAGCCUGGAUCCAUAGCUUUCCUGUAAGGAGAUCCACAAAUAUAACACGAUAUGAGUUUUUAGAAUAUCUGGAAAGUUUCUGUGAAAGAGCGGAUGUGUGUGGUUUAUUUGAUUUUAUUUUUAUAUGA